AGUAGUACUACUAAUUAAAUUUCCCUCUUCUUUCACAGCUCACACUCUCAGUGAACCUUCAUCUUCACUCUAUAUAAACACCUUAAUAAUCUCUCUUCUCUAUUCAUCCUACAUAUUCCAAUAACAUUUGUCGGUGCUCUCUCACUUCCACUUUUCUUGAUUAUAAAUUUGAAGAAAUUAGAAAAUGGGUUCAGCAGUUAUGGAUUCGAAUUCAAACCCUAAUGAGGUAAAAUCUGAGAAAUUAAGCAAUGGUAAUGGUAUGAAUAAUGGAACCCUAAUUCCAUUCAAGAUCUUUGUUGGGUAUGAUCCAAAAGAAGAUAUUGCAUAUGAAAUUUGCAAGUAUUCAAUUCUUAAACGUAGUUCAAUUCCUGUUGAAAUUCAUCCAAUUAAACAAUCUGAAUUGAGGGAAAAGGGGAUUUAUUGGAGGGAAAGAGGGAAUUUAGAGAGUACAGAGUUUUCUUUUAGCAGAUUUUUAACCCCUCAUUUGGCUAAUUUUGAGGGUUGGGCUUUGUUUGUUGAUUGUGAUUUCCUUUACUUGGCUGAUUUUAAGGAAUUAGUUGAUUUGAUUGAUGAUAAGUAUGCAAUUAUGUGUGUUCAACAUGAUUAUGCACCUAAAGAAACUACUAAAAUGGAUGGGGCUGUACAAACUGUUUAUCCUAGGAAGAAUUGGUCUUCUAUGGUGUUGUAUAAUUGCGCGCACCCGAAAAAUAAGGUGUUAACCCCUGAGGUUGUUAACACCCAAACCGGGGCGUAUCUUCAUAGGUUUCAGUGGUUAGAGGAUCAUGAGAUUGGGGAGGUUCCGUUCGUGUGGAAUUUCCUUGUGGGACAUAACCAGGUUGUUGAGGGUAAGCCUGAAACAGCUCCUAAGGCGAUCCACUAUACUCUCGGUGGGCCUUGGUUUGAAGCGUGGAAGGAUUGUGAGUUUGGUGAUCUGUGGUUGAAGGAAUUGGAGGAGUAUGAGCAGAGUAAGGAGAAGGAGAAGAAUGCUGCCUGAGUAGGCAAAGGUUUAAAUUCUUUUGUUCAGCAUUAUUUUGUAAUCAUGUAAUGUACUUGCUACUUUUGUAGCCUAAGUAUUCAUAUUUGUUGAUUGAAGCUAGAGCUGUUGUUCUUAGUUGUAAUGUAGGAAUUAGAAUAUCUUUGUUAUUGAUGUAACCUUUUUAUAAUUUCUACGCUAGUCUUCUUGUGAAGAUCGCAAUGUAAAACCACGAGUUCAUAUAUGAAUUUAGCAAUAAAGCUUAUCCAUUCUGUUUGCUUGUA